AUGGUGUUCUCUGGAGAUCUCUCUUCUCGUGGAUCAGCAUAUUUCUCUAAUUAUGUAUCAAUGACGGGAAUCAUGAUGAUGAAUUCGACGAUGAAUUCAACGAUGCAUUCAAUGAUUCACAAUCUUUACAGGAUAAUUCCAACGAAAGUUGUCCCUUACAUCAAGUCUAUGAUCGGCGCAUCGACUCUCACGCUCGUCAUCAGUGAUAAGAUUGGGACUGACAGAAACGGGAUGUUUAGGUACAACGAGCUCUAUUCCGCGUUCGAGACUUAUCUCUCAAGCAAGAUAAAUCCUGAUGCAUCAAGUCUAAGGAUGACUAAAGACCCUAACAAUAAGAAGGUCAACUUAUAUCUCAGCCCUGGAGAGGUAGUCUCCGAAAUCUACCAAGGUAUUAAGAUCGAGUGGUCGUAUGUAGCUUCCGUCAAGAAGAAGACCACGGUUGAAGAUGGGGUUCAAUAUGAAGAUAAAUUUAAUUCGGAAUCCUUCCACCUGACCUUCUACAAGAAACACAAAGACCUUGUGAUAAACUCUUUUGUACCUUACGUGGAGAGUAAGGCAAAGGUGAUCAUGGACGAGAGUAGAAUCCUCAAGAUGCAUUCGUACGCUCCCAGUUAUGGUGGGUGGGAACCCAUGAACUUCGAGCACCCUUCGACAUUCGACACCAUGGCUAUGAACAGCGACCUCAAGCGUUCUGUGAUUGAAGAUCUUGAUCGGUUCAUUAGAAGGAAAGAUUUUUACAAAAGAGUUGGGAAAGCUUGGAAGAGGGGUUACUUGCUGUAUGGGCCACCAGGGACCGGGAAGACUAGUCUAGUGGCAGCCAUGGCUAACUACCUCAAGUUUGAUAUCUAUGAUCUCCAGCUCGCAAGCGUGAAAGGGGACGCGGAUCUAAGGAGAUUGCUUCUCACCGUUAAAAACAGCUCCAUUCUUCUUGUAGAAGAUAUAGACUGUUCCGUGAAUUUGCGUACAGAGUCGACACCUGUGUUGAGACCUGCAAUCGCAACCCGAUCCGGAGCUGUUCCUAAGGUACCAUCAACACCAUUGACGUUAUCAGGACUUUUAAAUUGCAUAGAUGGGUUAUGGUCUACUUGUGGAAAUGAACGCAUAAUAAUAUUCACCACGAACCACAAGGACAAGCUUGAUCCCGCAUUGCUAAGGCCAGGCCGUAUGGAUAUGCACAUUUACAUGGGACAUUGCGGUUUUGAGGGGUUUAAGAUAUUGGCGUCGAACUACUUAGGCCUGUCUCAAGGCGAAGAUGAUCCGCACUGUCUCUACCCGGAAAUAAAGAAUUUGAUUGAUGGAGAAGUGUUGACCCCGGCUCAAGUCGCGGAAGAGCUAAUGAAAACUGAAGAUGUUGAUGCGGCUCUAGAGGGUUUGGUUGGGGUACUCAAGAGGAAGAGGUCAGAGCCAGAGAGUCGUGAUGAUGAUGAUGAGUCUAUGAAGAAGAAGAAAACCACAGAGGAAUAG